UCCUGUCGCCAUCACCUUUCAACCCACCGUCAAACCUCUCGCCCAUAAACGCAGAAACCUGUGCUCUAACCCCUCCGCUCAUCUCUCUCUCUCUCUCUCUCUCUCUGUGUGUGUGCAAGGUUAAAAAAAAAAGAAAAAAAGAAAAAGAAAUUUCACUUUUUUAGGCCAAUCACCUGCCGAACUCCUGCUGAGAGCAAAAGCAUGGAAUCCAUCGGCCCCAGAAGCUCUCAUGUUCUCUAGCAGCAGCAGUCACCAGCGGCACAUCAUCCGCAAGUGAACUUCCCACUUCAUCAAAGAAAGCUAAAAAAGACAGAUCACAGCUUCAUCCUGAAGAAGCAAGAGAGCUUCAACCAGCAGCCGUGCCCGCUACCAACGACUGAAUUAUAUCACCAGCUAUAUAUUUAUUCAUCUGGUUCUCUCCCUCUCUCUCUCUUUAUCUUUCUCUCUCUGUGAGAGUGUGUAUGCGUGUGUGAGAAAUAGUUCCCCCAAGAAAGAAGAGCAACAGGAGCGACGGAGGUGAGUUUGGUAGGUUCCAUAUAUACAUAUACAAAUAAGACCAUGGAACCAGCAGAUAGCCCUUCUUCGGAAGGCUUCACCCCCACCAGCCCCAACGCCUCGGCCUCCUCCUCCUCCCCCGCCGCCGGCUCCAAUCCCCCCUCGGUUCCUUCUCCGAGCCGCUACGAGUCCCAGAAGCGCCGCGACUGGAACACCUUUGGGCAGUACCUCAAGAACCACCGGCCACCGCUCAGCCUCUCGCGAUGCAGCGGCGCCCACGUGCUGGAGUUCCUCCGCUAUCUGGACCAGUUCGGCAAGACCAAGGUCCACACCCAGAUGUGCCCCUUCUUUGGCCACCCCAACCCCCCCGCCCCCUGCCCCUGCCCGCUCCGCCAGGCCUGGGGAUCCCUCGAUGCCCUCAUCGGCCGCCUCCGCGCCGCCUACGAGGAGAACGGCGGCAAGCCCGAAGCCAACCCCUUCGGCGCCCGCGCCGUCCGCCUCUACCUCCGCGAGGUCCGCGAGAUGCAGGCCAAGGCUCGGGGCAUCAGCUAUGAAAAGAAGAAGCGCAAGAAGCCGCCUCCACCUUCGCACCAGGGUGGCCGCCCAGACGCCGGCCCAUCAGACCGUCCCCGUAGCCCCCCACCGGCCACCGGUGCAACAGCCUGAUCUUUCGAUGACUUCGAGGGCCUUACCUAUCUUUGCUUCAUCACUCCCUCACCCCUAUUGGUAUGUCUAUCUGCACGAGAUUGUAGCCCAGUACUAAGUACUAUCUUUCUCUUUAAAUUACUGCUGUCCAACUAUUGAGACUUGCUGUUGUUAGUGGCAGCAGUUGUAGCAGUAGAAAUUGUAGCAAGAGCUGCUGCCGCUGCUGCUGCUAAAAUAUCAUCAAAUAGUAGCAAUACUACUACUAGUAGUAGUAGUGAUAUCGGUAGCAACGGUCGUAGAAGUAAUGGUAGAGGAAUGAUGGAGUUCUGUACUUUGGAUCUGAUAGUUCAUUUCAUACAGAAAUGUACUUGAGAUCUCAUGUAUGGCAGGUGCUAGAUUUUGAAUAUCAUGUCUCAAUUUCGCUCCUU